AUGUCCUCUGAGCAGACACCCAAAUCAACUGCUGAAGCCUCAGCUGCUGCAGCCGACCGUGACUUUGACAUUACCGACUUGGUCAAAGACAGAAUUGAUGGUGCAUGCGGUCACGGCGCCACUUGGCUCUCACCAUACCGAACUCUGGCAGAAGAUGAGGAGCCAAGCCUGGAUGCUCAGCAGAACGACCCUGAACCUCCGCCUGGAGGUUUCGAGUACGCAGAGCAUCGCUUUCUCGGCAAUCAGCUCAUUUUCAAGUACAUGGGACCCAAGAGCGAGACGGACCGCACCCCAGACGGCAAAGAAGUCGACAGACGGGGCUACGAGCUGCCUCUCAAGACUCUCGGCAAGGGUAAUGACGUUUUGUAUCUCACCUAUGGCGAGAUUUCCGCGCUCGCCGGCGACUUUUACGGAACCAUGAAACCCAUCAGCGACGGCAAGACGGACCAAGACCGGCGCGACCGCUUCAUGGCCGCCUUCAACACGCUGGCCGACAACCCGGACGACCAGCCGCGCGACGCCCGUCAGCUCCUCAAACACCUCCGCGCCGAGAUCGAGGGUGUCGAAAAGGCCAUUCGAGAUAAAAAGGACCCGUCCACCUACUACAAGGCCGGCGAGGGCCUGGCCGGCAUGAAGGCGAUUGACGAGCUCAUCAAGGGCCGUCAUUUCCCCAGUUACUCGGAGCUCCUCAAGAUCAACUGGGACCACUUUGGCGAUGAUGCACGCACCGCGUACACGACGGGCCAUGCCGCGGCCAUUCACUGGGCGGCGAGCGGCGAGUGGACGGUGGACCGCCUGGUUGAGGCGUAUGCCAUGAACGCCUUUGCGGACCACUAUCUCCAGGACCUAUUUUCGUCGGGACACAUGCGCGUUCCGAGACGCGUGCUUCACGGCUACGAAGGACUUGCUGAUGUCCUCGCAAACCUCAUGCAUGAUGAAGAUUGCGCCAUUGGUCUCACCGUCUCCAACAAGAACGGCAUGUCCUGGACGGCCUAUGGCGACAAGCGCCUGCUCGACGCCGACAACAAGGCCAACCUGCUCAACUGCCAGGCCGCGAUGCAAAUCUCGGCGCGCGAAGUCUACGACGCCUGGAAAGGCCGCAAGGAGCUGGCCCCCUCUGCUUUUGCCGUGUGGAACCUUGUGCCGACCAAGGAAUCGGCCAUGGCAAAGGACACGGGCCACUUCGCGCCGCUGUUCUUGCUCGGGCCCAAGCAGGAUUGGAACGACUUGUGGCGACGCAAGUCGCUGAAGAAUCGACGCAACUGGGAGCACACGAAGAGCUGGACGACUCUUGACACGCUCUGGAAGGCCAAGGUUACAAAGGCCUAUCUGUGGAGGUAUCCUAUUCGCCUGGACCCGCAGAUUGAGACUGAUUAG